AUGUGAUAUCACUCGACUGAUUCGACCUAUGUGCAUAGUUGUUGUUUCUUUUUAUUAAAAUAGAUUUUAAAUUGUCCAAUGACGAACACAAAAGUAUAUGUGAAGUGACUAAAAAGAGGGAGCGACGAUACCAAGCUAGGAACUAACUAACGGCAUACAAAUGAAAGCGUGACGGUGAGUACGUUGCAGUACAUACGUUGCGUUUCAACAGCGCAAGAAGAAUAAUGUCGUUGGAAGGACAAAGCAAUCUGUGUUUUUGAAAAAAAAAAAAAAAAAAAUAGAAUAAAGAAAAAAUAAAAACAUUCUAUAUUAACGCUCUCCUUUUACGAAUAAGUGAUUAACAAAAAUGGAAGCAAACUAUCAAACGACGCUAAGUCCAGCACGAACUUUGACAGGAAUGAACAAUGAAACUGAAGAUCCUUAUCCAAGUUUAUCUGAUUAUCAUGAUUAUGAACCAAAUUUAGAGUUUGAUGACACAGAACUACAGGCAUCUUCAAAUAAUGCUGUACAGCUUUUAGAAGCAAAGCUAGAUUUGAUUAACAGUGGUGCAGUAGUGACAGGCAUAGAUUAUUUGGAGAGUCCAGUAAGCGAUGGGACAAUAGAAGAAAAUUUUGAAGAAGCUCUAGUAGAUGCUCCAGUUAUAGAAUCUGCUGAUGACCUAGCAGCACUAGAAGGAGAACUAGCAGAUGAAGAAGAUUACCUUGAUAUAUCAAGGCAUGGUAUUGUAGAAGUUGUAGGAGAUGACAGUGCUGGUCGUAAAAUAAUAGUAGUAUCAGCCUGUAAAUUGCCUCCUAUUGGAAAAGAAGCUUUUAAUCAUGCCAAACUCCUCAGGUACUUGAUGCAUACAUUAGACAAAUUUGUAGAACAGGAUUAUAGUCUUGUUUAUUUCCAUUAUGGCCUAACUUCAAAAAAUAAGCCACCACUCUCUUGGUUAUGGCAGGCAUAUAAAGCCUUUGAUAGGAAAUACAAAAAGAAUCUCAAAGCACUCUAUUUAGUCCAUCCAACUAAUUUUAUUAGAAUUGUCUGGCAGAUCUUUAAACCAGCUAUUAGUGCAAAGUUUGGUCGUAAAAUGAUGUAUGUUAAUUAUUUAGAAGAACUAGCACAAUACAUUAAUCUUGAUCAACUCAUUAUACCUCCACAAGUACUACAGCACAAUGAACAACUUAUAAGCAAAAAUAAAAAAAGUUUACCAACUAGUCCACCUCAAAGUACAGUGGCUACACCAAUUGGUACAACACAAUUUGGUGCAAGUUUAAGUUUUAUUAAAGAAAAUAAUAAUGGUGAUCCAAUACCUCCUAUAGUAAAACAAUGUAUUGAGUUUUUAAAUUGUCCAGAUGCUCUAGAAACAGAGGGAAUAUUCAGAAGAUCUGCUAAUGUAGGAGUAAUUAGAAAAUUACAACAUGAUUGUAAUCAGGGUUUGCAAGCAGACUUUAAAGGAGAUCCUCAUAUAGCAGCAGUUCUUUUAAAAACAUUUCUUCACGAAUUAGAUGAACCCCUUAUGACAUAUGAAUUAUAUGAUGAAAUAACACAAUUUCAAACAUUAUCAAAAGAUGAAAGACCACGUAGAGUAAAAAUAUUAGUGCUCGAAAAACUUCCUGAAGAUAAUUAUCAUCUUUUGAAAUAUAUAGUACAAUUUUUAUCAAAGGUAAUAGACAGAAGUGAUUUAAAUAAAAUGACAUCAAGUAAUUUAGCAGUGGUAUUUGGCCCGAAUCUCGUUAGAGCACCUCCGUCACGUGGAAUGUCUCUUUCUGCGAUAGGACCUAUUAAUCAGUUUAUAGAUUUUCUAUUCACAUUUCAAGAUAAAAUAUUUAUCAUCUAAUUUGAAACAAUGGGUGAUAGCCAAAGGUCUGAUAUCCAAACCAAAUUAAUAACGAUUGUGUAAAUCUGCGCAUGUAUGUGAAUUGCGUGCCUGUACAUGCGUGUUUUUAGUGAGAUUUAAGUAUGGCUGUUCAAUUUAAUAUUAUUAAACAAGAUGAUAUUUAAAAUACUUUGUACCACAAUUCCAUGAAAGUUUUUUAGAAAUGUUAGCACAACAAAUAACACUCUUUUAUAUAUAUAACUGAAUUACUUUAAAGCAUAUUAAAAUCAUUAAUCUAGCGAUACUAAAACAAUAAUAUUGUAACUAUUGCUGCAUUAAUAAUUAACACUUCUUGAUUAAUUAAAAUUUUAUAUUACAAAAUCAUAUCUACGAAAAUGAUAUGAUUAUAAAACAGAGGAAACUUCAUUGCAUUAUGAAGUACAAUUAGCACAAUAAUCUCUUAUCUACAUUUGCAACACAAUUUCCAAAGGAAUACAUUUAUCAUUUGUAAUAAAUUAAUAUCGUUUAAUAUUAAAUUGCCAGUCUGGAUAGUGUAUAUAAUUAUAUGACUUCAUAAUCAUAUACCAAAGAUUCAAGGAAAUGUUAGAUAUUAUAUGUAAAAUGUAGGCAUAUAUUUAGAGUAAGUAUAAUAUAAUAAAUGUGCGUGUGAUUUGUAAAAGAGUAAUAACGUACAGGAUGCCUUGAUUAUCUAAUUUUAAGAUAUCAUCUCUCGAUUUGUAAAAUCUAAUUAUACAAGUAUAGUUAAUUAAAAACAAUCUAACAAUAUGGUGCUUUUUAUAAAUCUAGGUUACAAUUCAGUCAAUUUCUUUACUUUUUCGUUUCUUACAUAUUUAAUUAUUUUUUGUAAAGCAAUAUUAUAUUUAUUUUUACAAUUUUCUUAAUAAAUAUUAUAAAAUCUAGAUUUAAAAAAGUUUACUUAGUUCUAU